AUGAUUGAGAAUAAAUGUAAAUCAUUUGAAAAUCUGCUACCUACAACUACAACGAAACAAUCACAUACACAGUUUCCCGAACAUUUUGAAAAGCAUCGUAGUAAACUUCAUCGUGAAUUGGCUAUGCGUUGGCCAUUUCGUACUGAUUUACCAGAUUCUAUAUCGAUACCACCGACUAUUUCUAAAUCUACUGCCCAUUCAAAUAUGCGUGAUGGUAAUAAAUCCAAUAUGACACUCGGUGAUAAUGAUAAUCUACGAUCGAAUAAUUUAACAUCAACAAAUCAUAUUGGAUUAAUUGGGAAAAAACCUGAAACAAUUAAUCGUAUAAUACCGAUUGAUGACCAAUUUUCAUCUGAUGAACGUCAACAACAUAUUGAAUGGAUAUUAAAAGCACAAGAAGGUAUUAUUACUUAUCAAUUACCUGAUGGUUUACCUGAUGGAUUUGCUUUAUAUAAUAAACUUCAAAAAUUAAUGAAAACAAAUACAAUCUAUUUAAAUGAUAGAUAUUUUUGGACAACAUUAGAAAAUCGAUUUAAAAAUUUAAGAAAAGUAUCUUAUUAA